CGGGCCGCGCGGGCCAGGUGCGGCGUCGCGGGGACUGUGGCCAGCGCUGUGGGGAGCGAGGAGGAAGCAGCUGAGCUGGGUGCACUGAGAAGGCCUCGGCGGUGCCCAUGGCUGGCCAGGACCCCGCGCUGAGCACGAGUCACCCAUUCUACGAUGUGGCCAGACACGGCAUCCUGCAGGUGGCAGGGGACGACCACUUUGGAAGACGAGUCGUCACGUUCAGCUGCUGCCGGAUGCCCCCCUCCCACGAGCUCAACCACGGGCGCUUGCUGGAGUAUUUGAAGUACACACUGGACCAGUACGUGAAGAAUGAUUACACCAUCGUCUACUUCCACUACGGGCUGAACAGCCGGAACAAGCCGUCCCUGGGCUGGCUGCAGAGCGCGUACAAGGAGUUUGACAGGAAAUACAAGAAGAACUUGCAGGCCCUGUACGUGGUGCACCCCACCAACUUCAUCCGAGUCCUGUGGAACAUCUUCAGACCCCUCAUCAGUCACAAGUUUGGGAAAAAAGUCACCUAUGUCAACUGCUUGAGCGAGCUCCGUGAACACCUCAAAUGCGACCAGCUGCUGAUCCCCCCGGAAGUUCUGCGGUACGACGAGAAGCUCCGGAGCCUGCACCAGGGCCAGCCUCCUCCCGCCGCCAAGACGCCGCCACCAAGGCCCCCUCUGCCCACCCAGCAGUUUGGUGUCAGUCUGCAAUACCUCAGAGACAAAAAUCACGGCGAACUCAUCCCCCCUGUGCUGAGGUCCACGGUGACAUACCUGAGAGAGAAAGGACUCCGCACCGAGGGCCUGUUCCGGAGGUCAGCCAGCGGGAAGCCCGUGAACUUUGACGACUAUGGGGACAUUCAUGUCCCUGCUGUGAUCCUGAAGACCUUCCUGCGAGAGCUGCCCCAACCGCUGCUGACCUUCGAGGCCUACGAACAGAUCCUUGGCAUCACCGGUGUGGAGAGCAGCCUGCGCGUCGGCCACUGCCGCCAGAUCCUGCGGGGCCUCCCGGAGCACAACCACGCCGUCCUCAGCUACCUCAUGGGCUUCCUGCAUGCGGUGUCCCGCGAGAGCAUUUUUAACAAAAUGAACAGCUCCAACCUGGCCUGUGUCUUUGGACUGAAUCUCAUCUGGCCGUCCCAGGGGGUGUCCUCCCUGAGUGCCCUCGUGCCCCUGAACCUGUUCACCGAACUGCUGAUCGAGUACUACGAGAAGGUCUUCGUCGCCCAGGAGGCCCCCAGUGCUGCGGGAGCAGGCAAGCAGGGUGGCCCCGUCGCCAAAGGGAAUGCCGCAGACAGAUGUGCCGCAGGCCAUGCCACGUCCAUCCCGCCCCCGAGUCCCCCGACAGCAGCCAGGAGACACCGCUAGCGUUGGAAACACACCAUCGCUGCCGAUCGUCUGUGCACAUGCGUUUUAUAAACCUGCUGUCUGUUAAAAUGACCAGGCAUUAAACAGACUCAGA